AUUAGAUAUUAAUAAUGUGAGCCCGAUAAAGCUUGCCCAAGUGAAAGGCGGCACAAACACUGGCUGCGCUAAAAAGUAGAGCAGACCAAAGAUUAAAAGAGGCAUGAAAUAACCAGCUGAAGAAGAAGAAGAAGAAGAAGAAGAAGAUCUUGAGUUUUGAAGAAGAAGAAGAAGAAGAAGAAGAAGAAGGUGUGUGGGGGUUGGUGUUGGGGUUCAAGUAAUGCGAACAGGAGCUUGCACACUACAGCAGGCGCUCACCGCCGAGGCCGCCACCGUCCUGAAGCUCUCCCUGGCCUUGGCACGCCGGCGAGGUCAUGCCCAGGUCACCCCUCUGCACGUCGCCACUACCCUGCUGUCCUCCACCGCCACUUCCUCCUCCCUUCUCCGCCGCGCCUGCGUCAAAUCGCAGCCGCGCCACCCGGCCUCCCACCCGCUCCAAUGCCGCGCGCUAGACCUCUGCUUCAACGUCGCCCUGAACCGCCUGCCCGCCUCCCCUUGCUCCGCCUCUCUCCACCCCUCCCUGUCCAACGCCUUGAUCGCCGCCCUCAAGCGCGCUCAGGCCCAUCAGCGUCGCGGCUGCGUGGAGAUCCAGCAGCACCAGAACCUGCACCAACAGCCUUCGCCGCUUCUGGCCAUCAAGGUCGAGCUCGAGCAGCUCAUCAUCUCCAUCUUGGACGACCCCAGCGUGAGUCGCGUGAUGCGCGAGGCCGGCUUCUCCAGCACCUGCGUCAAGAACAACCUCGAAGAGGAAACCUCUGCUAGUGCCUCCUCCCUCGCCCACAACGACAUUAUCAACCCCUUCUUCAAGUUGUCUUCCUGGCAAGCCCCACCUCGUUCUUCGUCCCAAAAAGAGGACUUGAGCGCGGUCAUGGAGGUGAUGCUGAGAAAGCAAGGGAGGCGGAGCAACGCGGUGGUGGUGGGGGACUCUGUCACCAUAACAGAUGGCCUCGUGGCUGACCUCAUGGUGAAGGUGGAGAGGGGCGACGUCCCUGACGAUAUCAAGGACGCUCAAUUCGUCAAGCUUCACCUCUCCCACGUUCACCUCCGGCUCAUGGGCAAGAGUGAUGUGGACACGAAGGUUUCUCACCUGAGGAAAAAGAUUACUGCUUUGGCAGCCGACAAGGGCGGCCGUGGUGUCAUCAUCCAUGCAGGCGACUUGAGGUGGGCAGUGGAUGAUGAGGAAGCAAGAGACGGGUGUGGGUUCAAGCCAGUGGACUACAUGGCUGAAGAGCUGGGCAGGUUACUGUCUCCGCUCAGGAGCAGCAAUGGCAAAGUGUGGCUGUUGGCCACUGCAAGCUACCAGACUUACGUGAGGUGCCAGACGAGGCAGCCAUCUCUAGAGACCCUGUGGGGUCUUCAAGCUGUGGUGGUGCCUUCAGGCGGCCUUACAUUGAGCCUUCGAGCUACCAGUGAUGGCCUGGAACCACCCAGAUUGACAAAACUCUUUGAUCACCCACUUCAAUUUCUUGGUUCAAAGAACUACAGCUCCAUGGAUGAUGAAAAGCUCAGCUGCUGUUCCGAGUGCACUUCAAAAUUUGAGAAAGAAGCUUCGGUUUUCGAAUUCGAGAAGAAUGAGCCCCACCAUGGCUCAACACAGCUACCUCUGUGGCUGCAAAAACUCAGACCAGAUGAUCACAAGGAUUCUCUGUCGGAAUUGAGAAGCAAAUGGAAUAGCCUGUGCCGAAAUCUCCAUCGCUCUAGGCAGAAUCAACUAUAUCUCCCGUUCUUGAACGGGAUCGCCUUUGCCAAUAACAGCAACUUGUGUUCUUCGUAUUCAUCGUGGUCUAACAGCAAGCAAAGCAAACACUCGCGGCAACCGCAUUUCUCCUCGUCCUCCUCUGAAGCCACUGCGAAGCAUGAUCCAAUGUUUGGAAUCUGUAACUGGCUUGGGAGAGAUGAAACAAAGCAAAGAUUUUCUGAAGUCGGCUUGAAUUCACUCAAAACUCCUCGAAAUGAAGAUGUCAACAUCACUCUUUCCCUUGGCAGUGGUGCUUUGCUCGCGGAUUCUGCUACAUCCAGCAAGGAUGAUGUGUCAGCGGACCAAGAAGAAGGCCUAAGCUCGAAACUGCAAGAAAACAUGCCUUGGCAGUCAGAAAUCAUUCCCUCAAUCGUGGAAUCACUCACUGAUACUUCAUCAUGUCAAAACAAGAGCCUCUGCAUACUUUUAGAAGGCAGCGAUCGCAUUUCUAAGAGGAGACUCGCCCAAGUAAUUCUGGAGCAUUUUGGGGGAUCCAAAGUAGAAAUUAAUUCGAGAAAAUGGGCAAAUGUCGAAGCCUUAGAAAAGGGCGCAAAGGUUGUGAUUCUCAUUGAGGAAAUUGAGCGAGCAGAUUCGAGCUUCACAAGGUAUCUCACCGAUGUGUUGAAGAUGGAAGGCCAAGGCGUCAUCGUCAUCAUGACCACAUCAAACUACGGAGACCAGGACGCUGGCAGUAAGAAUGCGAUCAAGAUGAUGUUGCAGGUCGAAGAGAUCAAACCGAUCGAUAAAGACCUGAAAAGGAAGCCGGAGACCACACUGCAGAGCUCGCCGAAGAGAAGAGCCAGUUACGGCCCCGAUCUUAACCUGCUCGCGGAGGAGGAGAGGAGAAAGCUCAACGAGGAGGAUGACAACAAGGACGAGGAGGCCGCCCCGAGCGACCUGACCAACGAGACCAGCUGCUGCGCGACGCCCAAUCUUCCACCUGAGCUGCUCCAGUUAGUCACUGCUCGAUUCAGCUUGGAGGAAAGGUCCGACCUCGUGACGAAGAGCCUUCUGCUGAAGCUCCAGCGGGCAUUUGAGGAAGAGGCGGGUGGUGGGGGAAUCGGGCGUCUGGUGGUGGACGAGUCGGCGGCGGGGGAGCUGACGGCGGCGGCUGGCUUCUUCUCGGAGAGGUGUUUCGAGAGGUGGGCGGCGAGAGUGGUGCUGGGAGCGUACCGGGAAACGGUCGGCAAUGGCGGGGGCGGGAAGGUGCGAUUGUGCGCGGAGGGUAAAUUGGGAAAUGUGGAGGAGUUUGGGUUCAUGGGGUCGGUUCUGCCGGGGAAGAUCGAUAUGCCGAGGGAGGUCUAAAACACAUUUAUCUCCCAGCGUUGUACAAAUAUUGGGGGCGAACAAAAUCCCACUUCUAGUUCUUUUCUAUUUUUGGCGUUUCAAAA